AUGGGUGCUACUGGAAUAUUCGUACCACUUGCAUUAAUUUUUCCUAGAAAGCGGCAAAAACCCGAAUUGAUGGAUGGAGCUCCAGAGGACUCCCUACAGCUUGUAUCCGAUUCUGGUUAUAUGAACUCAGAUCUAUUUAUAAUCUGGCUCAAUCAUUUCAUUAACAUGGUCAAGAAAUCUAAAGAUGAACCUGCUCUUUUGAUUUUAGAUAAUCAUUCAUCUCAUUUAAGUUUACAGGCUAUUGAAUUAGCUAGGGAUCACGGAGUUGUUCUUUUGAGCUUAGCACCACACACAAGCCAUCGCAUGCAGAGUUUGGAUACAGGAUUUUUUGGACCAUUAAAAAAGCUUAUGCAGUUGUUGGUUCAAUUGAUAGAGCUAACAGAUCAUUCGAAUCUUGUGGCAUCUGGCCUUUUAACGAUCAGAUUUUUUUCCGAUGAAGAUUUUGCUCCUGCAAAUGUCACUGACCGUCCCAAUCCAACUGCAGAAACUUCAAGUACAGGCGAAGCCCUUAAUAGUUCAAAUCUAGCUGUUGAAUUGCCACUUACAACUACAAAAACUGUUACCCAAGUUGUCUCGUCACCUAUACCCGUCAAUAUUAAUAUUUCAGCUCCAGAUAUAGCAUUGUCUCAACUCGGAGGAACUGAAACCCUUGAAUCAACUGAUAAUCACCAGGAAGUAAUAACAACACCAGAAAAUGACGAGCCAAUACCAUCCAAAUCAUCUUUUCUUAGACCAGAAGACAUCUUACCAUUACCAAAGUCAAACAUUCAGAAAAAAAAGAAACAUAAAACGUAA